AUGGCACUCUAUCUAUCUAUCUAUCUAUCUAUCUAUCUAUCUAUCUAUCUAUCUACUGAAAUGCACCGAAAUGAAAUAUCUAUCUAUCUAUAUCUUAGUCUCUUAAUAUCUAUCUAUCAGUAUGUUAAUAUCUAUUUCUUAAUCCGUUACUAUCUAUCUAUCAAUUUUUUAAUAUCUAUCUAUUUAUCUAUCUAUCUAUCCCUUAAUUUGUUCAUAUCUAUCUAUCUACCAUCUAUCUAUCUAUCUAUCUAUCUAUCUAUCUAUCUAUCUAUCUAUCUAUCUCUUAAUUUGUUAAUAUCUAUCUAUCUAUCUAUCUAUCUAUCUAUCUAUCUAUCUAUCUAUCUAUCUAUCUGUCUGUCUGUCUGUAUCUUAUAUGUUCAUCUAUCUAUCUAUCUAUCUAUCUAUCUAUCUAUCUAUCUAUCUAUCUAUCUAUCCCUGUCUGUUAGUUAUCUAUCUAUCUAUCUAUCUAUCUAUCUAUCUAUCUAUCUAUCUAUCUAUCCCUGUCAGUUAGUUAUCUAUCUAUCUAUCUAUCUAUCUAUCUAUCUAUCUAUCUAUCUAUCUAUCUAUCUAUCCCUGUCUGUUAGUUAUCUAUCUAUCUAUCUAUCUAUCUAUCUAUCUAUCUAUCUAUCUAUCUCUUUCUUUCUUUCUUUCUUUUUCUUUCUUGUUCUUUCUUUUUCUUCUUUUUUAUUCUUUCUUUUUUAUCCUUUCUUUCUUUUUUCUUUUCUUUCUUGUUUUUCUUUUUUCUUCUUUUUUUCUUUUUUUGUUCUUUUUUUAUUUCUUUUAUGUCCUUUCUUUUUCUUUCUUUUCUUCUUUUUCUUUUUCUUUUUUAUCCGUCUUUCUUUUUUGUUGCAUUUUUCUUUCUUUUUUUUUUCUUUUUUUUCUUUUUUUUUCUUUCUUUUGUUCUUUCUUCCUUUUUUUCUUUCUUUUCUUUUUUGUAGGUCUUUUUAUUCUUUUCUUUUAAUCCUGUCUUUUUUUCUUUUUUUUGUUCUUUUUUUUUCCUUAUUCUUUCUUUCUUUUUUUUUUUUUUCUUUUUUUUUUGUGGAUCCUUUCUCUCUUAUUGAAUUUUUUUUUUUUUUCAUAAUAAUCCAUUUCUAUCUUUUCUUACUCUCUAAUUUUUCCUAUGUCUUUAAAAUUUUCAUUUCUUUCUUUUCAUUGGAUCCUUCAUUGAUUUUUCUCUUUCUCUCCAUUUCUAUCUUUCAUUUACCAUGA